AUGGACAACAGACGCGGAAACUACCGCGGUUCCUCUCGAGGUUCAGACCGUGGCGGCCGAGGAGGUGGACGAGGCAACUACUCCAACGACAGAAAUUACAACCGCGGCGGCGAUUCGAAUCAUCAUCAAGGUAACCGUGAUGGUGAAGGGAAUUCCAGCGGUGGCGGCCACAGAGGUGGAAGGGACGGUGGGAGCGGAGGAGGUCAAUCGCAUGAAAGGCCUAAGAAGGAGGCUAUCUUGGAUUUGGCGAAGUAUAUGGAUAAGAGGAUUAUUGUGAAGUUUAGCGGUGGGAGGGAAGUCACGGGUGCACUCAAAGGAUACGAUCAAUUGAUGAAUUUGGUGCUGGAUGACGUUCAAGAAGUCAUGAGAGACGACGAAGGAAACGAACAGACCCGUGAACUAGGAUUGGUCGUCGCCCGCGGUCCUUUACUUGUCUUGAUAUCCCCAGUCGACGGCACAGAGCAGAUUGAAAACCCCUUUGCAGCAGCAGAGCAGCCCACAAUAUAA